GGUACUUUGUUGAUCGCUGGAAACCGCGACGCGCUUCAUUAGCAUUGUCUAGCGGGGGAUUGACACCAGAUCACGUGAAAAUAAAACUCUAAUUAAUAAUUGGCGAUACUUAAUUAGUUACUCAUCAUUUUUUUGUUUGUCUUUCUUCGACUUGUUCAAUUUUGCUCCUAUAACUUCGCGGCACCAGAGCUACUUCACAUAUGUAGGAAAUCGGCAUAUCUCAGCUAUUUAUCAGAUACUUAAUAUGCAACGCCUGUGUAGCAAUGACAAAAGGUUAAAGCUGUUAACUUCUAGAGAUGGUCGAUACCUAUGCACUAACCAACCCACUAAUCAUGCUUAGCUUCAUUGCCCCGCAUUCCAGCAUUAACCUCAGAUCACACCUUAUCAUUCAAGUAGUAUCCGUUUGGUAACUUGUGUGUUUACCAUAAUCAUAAUUGUUAACGAGUAUCUUAUUGUUAUCUUCCCAUAUGCUGCUUUCUCAAUCAAUACGAUACUCAUGGAUUGGAGGUGACAAAAUUUAUGAAUUGAUAAACCAAGGAGCUGCAUUUAUUCAGGGGUCCCGAGGCAUUUAUCUGCCUUUGCUUUCCGCAGGCAAAUGUCUGCCGAUUUCUGGGCUGGCUAUGUCAGUGGCGCUGUUGGCAUCCUGAUUGGCAACCCAUUGGACCUCAUCAAAGUUCGUUUACAAGCACAAGAUGCUAUACCUGCCCAGACGGCCACCUCCUAUCUACGGCAGUUUGAGAGUAGGUCUGCCCUGCUCGCUGGAACAGCAGCGCCAGUACUCGGUUAUGGCGCCCUGAACGCCCUCCUUUUCGUCUCAUAUAAUCGUAGCGAGGCUGCUAUAAAUGGCGCACUCAAUACAUCGUCGAACCUCUGGACCACCUGGGUCGCUGGCGCUAUCGGCGGCUUAGCAACCUGGGUAGUAAGCACUCCCACCGAACUUAUCAAAUGUAGGGCUCAGCUGUCGUCCCCACCAGCCUCCAGCUGGAGCAUCGCCAAGCAAGUCUUUAAAGCCGAAGGCAUCAGAGGCUUAUACUUUGGAGGUGUUGUGACUGCGCUGAGGGAUAGCAUUGGAUAUGGAUUUUACUUUUGGUCUUACGAGCUGAGUAGCAAAUGGGUCGAAUCCAAUCGGCAAAGUUCUUCCCCUUGGUCGCAAGAUGCAGCCAAGGUCUUGCUUUGUGGAGGCUUGGCCGGUGUUGUUACCUGGGCUAGUGUGUUUCCUCUUGAUGUGAUCAAGACCAGAGUUCAGACACAGACCUAUGACGUGACGAGAACACCGUUACUAGGCUCAUCUUUACCCGCAAAAAAGCGCUUGGGUGCUAUGGAUAUAGCAAAAGGUGCAUAUAACGAAGGUGGCAUGCGGGUCUUCUUUAGGGGAUUGACUGUAUGCAGUAUCAGAGCCUUCUUCGUGAACGCGGUACAAUGGGCCGUCUACGAAUGGGUUAUGCUUGAACUGGGCCAGGGCAGACAGAGGAAACUAGAGCCAAUAUAGAUGUAGAAGAAUGCUCAUAGUGAUGCAAAAUGACUAGACCAAGACCAAAUUUCCAUCUCACGAAACAACCGGAAUGUGAAAUUAAUUCUGGUAAAUAACUAAAAGCUAUUGUUGA